AUGGAACUAGGCUUACCUUGGUUUUGUUUGUGUCUCUUUGUUUUACAUGGGACAUUUGGAUAUUCCCAGAACAAUUUGAAAGAAAAGAUCGAGAAAAUGGAAAAGAAAUUAGAAUUAAUGUUUGAUGUAGUGACCCAACUAACUUCAGAAAAUGAUGAUCUAAAAACAAGAGUGAAGGCUUUGGAGCAUAUGGUAAUCGAUGGAAAAAAAUCUGAAAACUAUAAAAGCGAACUUUUAAGAGGGUCUCGGAAUUCAAAUGCAGAGCAAGGGAUCUUUACGUAUAAAAUAAACAUUCCGGAAAAUGAAAUUGACAAUAAGUCAGUUGUUCGAAGAUUCCCAGAACCUGGUAUCGAAGAUGCUACUCAUAUGGAAAGAAAACAAAUAGCUUCGUCCACACCAAAAGGAGUGAUCGCUUUCCAUGCAUAUCUUUCACAAGAUAUCCCUGGUCCCCUUCCGAUGCAUCACAUUAUCCAGUUUGACAUGGUGCCAGUCAAUAAAGGUUAUGGUUAUCAUGCUUUUGAUGGAAUAUUUGACGUCCCUUCUUCUGGAACAUACGUGUUCACGUGGUCCAUCAUGUCUAUGGUCCAAGAUGUUGUUUCAACGGAAUUAAUGAGAAAUACUGACGUCCUCGGUUCUAGAUUGGCCGGCUCAGUCUUUUCAACAGAAUGGGGCUUUGCUACGGGGACUGUAGUUACUGAUGUAAAUCAAGGUGACCACGUAUAUGUUCGUCUCAGACAGGCCACUCGUAGUCAUGUCCCAAGUUUUCCACCAAGUAGAACUACCUUUUCUGGGUGGCUUUUAUCUUAA